CCCACCCAGUCCCUCUGGGUGGCGGAAGAAGGCUGCCAGCUUCACCAGCAGAGCAGAGGGAUUGGUCCAUGGACCUGCCUGAGGGCUGGCUGGGCGACCCUGCUGCAGCAACAAUGCACCUCUGGGACCAGCCGCAAGAGGGCAGUGUGGGCACACCGCCCAGCUUAGAGGAGCAAAUCCUCAACUCCACUUUUGAAGCCUGCGACCCCCAGAGGACAGGCACGGUGGCUGUGACCCAGGUUGUGGCCUACUUGGAGACUGUGACAGGACGAGGCCCCCAGGACUUGCACCUCCAAACACUGGCCCGCAGCCUGGACCCCAACAGGGAGGGCGCUGGGGCCACUGUGGACCUGGACACCUUCCUGGUAGUCAUGCGGGACUGGAUUGCUGCCUGUCAGCUGGACGGGGGAUUAGAGCUGGAAGAGGAGCCAGCCUUCAAGGGAGCCCUGGCCCCCCAGCAGCUGCCAUCUGGAUGCCCAGAAAUUGAAGAACCAGCCAACCUGGAGAGCUUCGGAGGCGAAGAUGACCCUAGACCUGAGCUACCCGCCACAGCCGAACUGCUGAGCAGCCUGGAGGACCUGGAGCUCAGUAACCGGCGGCUGGCUGCUGAGAAUGCCAAGCUGCAGCGCAGCGUGGAGACGGCCGAGGAGGGCACCGCACGCCUGGCUGACGAGAUAUCUGCCCUGCGCAAGCAGCUCCGCAGGUCAUCCUUCCACCGGGACAAGGAGCAGCAGCACCUGGUGGCCAAGAUGGAGAAGCUGCAGGAGGAGAAUGGGAAGUUACUGGCAGAGAGAGACGGAAUGAAGAGGCGGACUGAGGAGUUGACCAUAGAGAAGGAAACAGACACACCCCUUCCUUGGCAGCGGCACAUCUAUGAGUGUGAAUGCCUCAUCUGCCAGCGAGACACCAUCCUCUCUGAGCGCACCCGUCAUGCGGAGAGCCUGGCUAAGUCUCUAGAGGAAUACAAAGUGACCACCCAGGAGCUGAGGCUGGAGAUCUCACACCUGGAGGAGCAACUGAGUCAGACCCACGAGGGGCCAGAUGAGCUGUCUGAAGAAACCCAGUCGAGAAGAGUGGGCUGGGCUACCCUGCUGCCCCCAUCGCUGGGCUCUGAGAUUGCAGCCAUUCGACAGAAACAAGCAGAAGCGGCUGCGGCCGAGCUCCUGAGCCCUCUGUGUGGAGUGUGGCAGUGGGAGGAUGUUGGUGGGGAGACAGGCGAAGAAGCCGCCCCACCAUCUGAAGCUCUACCUGAGGGACCUAAGACUGCCGGGGAGAGAGGCUCCCAGGAAGGGCCGGUGCCCCCUGGAGAAGAAGAGACAGAGCACGGCGUGAGGCUGCCCAGAAACCAGGAGGAAGAGCCAGAAGCCCAGACCCCAGAGACCGCAGCAGUUCCGGCUGAACUCCCCACCCCUCUGGAAGCCACUGGAGACAUCCCAGGAAGUCCCCCUGAGAGCCCUGACACCUGGGGAGAUGAAAUGGAAGUGAACCUUCAGCGAGCCCUGGUGCCCGUGCUGGCCACCAAAGAGCUGGUGCCAGUUCCAAGGCAACAAUGGGGCCAGCUCAGCCUGCCCUUCCGGCCUGCUGAGCAGUUCAGGGUCACACGGCACCCGCUGCUCCCCACCCCCGUGCUGGGCCUGCUGCUGCUGCUCCUGCUCUCCGCCCUGCUGCUGGGCCACUCGCAGCCCCCGACCUGUCCCCACCUCCAGCUCAGCUACCUCCAGCCCCCGCCAAUGUGA